AUGGGUAACCUUCCUGCCUCGCGUGUCACUCCCUCGGCCCCGUUCACGUCAACCGGGGUCGAUUACGCCGGCCCGUUUAACCUCCUCGCGUCCGUUGCUCGAGGUCAACGGAUCACCAAGCACUAUGUGGCCGUCUUCAUUUGUCUAGCCACCAAGGCUAUCAACCUGGAAUGUGUCGAUGACUACUCGACAGCCGGUUUCCUAGCUGCGUUCCGCUGUUUUGUAAGCCGGCGUGGGCUCCCGACUCACGUGUACAGUGAUAAUGGUACUAAUUUUCAGGGUGCCGACCGCGAGCUGUCGGCCGCCCUGCGCGCGCUCAUGCGAGAUGCCUCCGUGCAAGAAUCACUGGCUAACGAUGGCAUAAUUUGGCACUUCAUACCCCCCGCUGCUCCUCAUUUCGGCGGGCUGUGGGAGGCUGGGGUGAAGAGUCUCAAAUAUCACUUGAAGCGGGCCGUCGGGACCCACUCGCUUUCUCGCGCAGAAUUCGCAACGUUACUUUGCCAAGUUGAGGCUUGCCUGAACUCACGCCCCAUCUCCGCGUUGUCAGCCGACCCAACCGACUUGGCUGCGCUGACGCCUGGUCACUUUUUGAUAGGUCGUCUCCUCGUGUGCGCGCCGGAACCAUCCGUCACCGACGAGAAAGUCAAUCGGUUGUCGCGAUGGCAACUUGUAUCCCGAAUGCAGGAGCAGAUUUGGCGUCGCUGGUCUCACGACUACCUACACUCGCUUCAACAGCGACACAAAUGGCCGGAAGCCAAAAUUAAUCUCCAGGAAAACGAUCUGGUUCUGUUAAAAAAUAAUUUGCUUCCUCCCACGAAGUGGGAUUUAGCGCGGGUCACGGAGGUGCACCCGGGCCGUGAUGGCCUGACUCGGGAGAAUCCGGGAAACAGUGUGCGUCGAGUAGCUCGUGCACUCGAUCUCUCGCGAUGCACGGUGCACCAUGUUUUACGUCGCAACGGAUUGCAUCCGUAUCAUUACCAGCGAGUGCAGGAUCUCUAUCCAGGAGAUGAAGAACAUCGCAUCUACUUCUGUGAAGAAUCGUGUGCCUAA